AUGAAACGUGUUUACAAAGAGAACCAACAUGGAACCAAGGAGCAGUGUAUCUUCUCAGAGAUGAUGAAUAAUGAACGGCUUCCUUUGCUAGAGAGAAAACUGGGGAGGCUAAUAGACGACGCCAAAUUUUUGCUAGGAGCUGGAACAGACGCGCCUUCUCAGGCUAUGGCUAUCACCAUGUUCCAUAUUCUGAAUAAUGGUCCAGUGUAUCAGAAACUACAGGAGGAGCUCAACUGUGCUCUACCAGAACCGCAGGCCAACCCUUCCUUGGUAAUGCUUGAACAGCUGCCAUAUCUGACUGCAGUUAUAAAAGAAGGGCUUCGGAUAUCUGCCCUCGUAACUUCUCGUCUUCCGCGCAUUGCUCCGGAUGAAAUUCUAGAGUAUAACGGCUGGCAGAUUCCUCCUGGGACGCCCGUGAGUAUGUCCAUAUAUUUGAUGCUGAGAGAUGAGACAGUCUUCCCGGAGCCGUUAGUUUUCCACCCCGGGCGGUGGUUAGAGCAGGGCUCAAAUCUGGAGAAAUACCUUGUACCUUUCUCAAAGGGCAGUCAAGGAUGCUUGGGACCAAACAUGGCUUAUGCCUGGUGCUAUCUCGGGAUAGCUACUAUUCUUCGGCGGUUCAUGCUGUCCCUGUUUGAAACCACAGAAGAGAAUAUGACAAUUGUUCGUGACUGCUUCAAUGGACAGACAAAGCCAGGAUAUAAUAAUAUCCAAGUUAAAGUCCUUGCAGAGUUCACCAAGGCAUAG